AUGGCUGUUUUUAAUUUAAUAUUGGAACACAUUAAACAUGGACUAACUGCUACUAAUCAGAGAUUAAAUGAAUUUCAAAAACUUCUAUUGUGUCUAAUGAAAUUAAGAUUAAAUUUUCCAUUUACUGAUUUAGGAUAUAGAUUUAAUGUAACAUGUUCAACAGCAUCAAUUAUUUUAAGAAAAGUAAUCAUAUUGUUAGAACACAUGUUUACAAAUCUAAUACAUUGGCCAGAGAGGGAAGCUCUACGCAGUACAAUGCCUAGAUCAUUUUUUAAUAUAUUUGGCAAUUCAGUUGCCGUUAUUAUUGACUGUUUUGAAAUUGCUAUAGAAAAACCAUCAAAUUUAAAAGCAAGGGCACAAACAUGGUCAUCAUACAAAAAUAAAAAUACUGUAAAAUAUCUUAUAGCUAUAACUCCCCAGGGAGUUAUUUCAUAUAUAUCAGAUGGUUGUGGUGGCAGAGUUAGCGAUAAACAUAUAACUGAAAAUUGUAACUUUUUAAAUAAAUUAAUUCCAGGAGAUGUUGUUUUGGCCGACCGAGGAUUUACUAUUAAUGAAAGUGUUGGUUUUCAUUGUGCAACAUUAAAGACUCCAGCUUUUACAAAAGGUCUACCCCAGUUGCAUCCAUGCUCUAUUGAAGAAACCAGAAAAAUUGCAUCUGUCAGAAUACAUGUUGAGCGAAUUAUUGGUCUAACAAGAUCAAAAUUUUAA